AUGCAUACUAAUGCAGAUGAUGGUAUUCCAACAUCCACAAUACACACUCUUCAUAUGUAUUGCUGAAGUCUCCACUAGAUGGCGAUAUAAUUAAAACAGCAAUACAAUAUGUACCGCAAUGUUCAUGAGCAUGGUGAAUCACAAACCUGUGAUGGAUCUUCUGACCAUAACUUGCAUGAGGAUGAUUUACUUGUUUGUUAAACAUAAUUACUGAGGCUUCAUUUAUUUUAGCCUUAAAUAUAGCUCGGCCAUCUUUAACCAUCUGGAUGCUGUCCAGGUCUCUGUUUUCCCCAUUCUUCUAUUCACAACCAUCCUACAUCCAUUGUGUGUUUUUUUUUUCCUUUUGUUGAAAGGUCUCAUUCUGCUUGUACUGUAUCUUAUUACUGUGUACAUGGCCUGUGUCCAGGAAACCAGGGGUAACCUAAUCCUACCCAUGUAUAAACGAGGACUAGGUUUAUCCUACUCACACCUUUAGCCAUAGGUAAAUGCUCCUGUCUGAUACAUAUAUGAUUUUUUUUUUAAGAAAUGUAACUGUUUAAAAAUAAUAACUGCUUGUUUGUGUUGAGAGGGUUGAGAGGAUUGUGAGUCUAAAUCUUUCAGCUGUUGCUUUAGAGGUCACUGAGAUGGAAAAGAAGCUUAGCAAGUGGAAGCUAUGGCAUUCAGAGCAAAGCGAGGACAACACGCAUCCUGACAGAGCCCUGAGCUACAUCGCAGAUUGUGGAGAAACCCUGGGAAAGUCCAAAGAGUGUAAAAUGAGGAGGAGUUCUGAAAGCAUGAAGGGGCGUGUCCUGGAGGAGGCACAUUUUGAAGUCUCUAACAAGACCCUCCAGAGAAGUGUCUCCCUGCGAACCACUAGCACAAUAGAGGAGGAGGGGGCUGAGCACACAAAUGGACAUCUUAAUCGCAGUAGUUUAAAGAACCAUAGGAAAACAUUCCACAAACAUUUCCCAGAAAUCUCUGAGAUGGAAGAGUAUAUCAACGCUUUCAGCUGUGCCCUUCAAAAGGAAGUGCUCUACCAUGGCAAGAUGUACGUGUCCCAGCAUCAUGUGUGUUUCUAUUCCUCUGUUCUACUAAAAGAGACAAAGGUUCAGAUACACACAUCCACAAUCCAGAUUAUAAAGAAGAAGAACACAGCACGGGUUGUACCCAAUGCAAUCUCAAUCAUCACCAGCACUGGAGAAAAAUAUUUGUUUGGCUCAUUGCGGAAUCGAGAUGCGUGUCUCAAUGUCCUGAAAUCAAUAUGUCCAAAGUUACAGCAUGUAAGUGCUAAUAGCAGCCCUCAAAUGUCUUCUGCAGAAAACGGCCAUGAAGUCGACACGAUUUCCAGUUACUCCAGUCAGGAAGAACAUAGUUCAGACCCUCACAGGUUCUCAGUAUCAGGACCAGACAGGACAGAGGGCAAUGCUCUUCUCUCAUCACCCAUCAAAAUUUCUAACGGUGAAGAGAAAAACAACUCCACAUCAUGGAACGGCACCAGGAGAGAUGAUCACCCUUUAGAGGAAAACACAGCCGUCUCUUGGGUGACCAUGGUAACAGAGAAGAUCAGAUUUCUUCUCUCUAUGGGAGGCACAACCAACGUCAACAAACUCAUCAUUGUUUAUCUCAUACUAGCUCUGCUCCUGCUCCUGUCAUCCGGCUACAUCGGUCUGCGUAUUGCAGCUUUGGAGGAACAGCUGACCACAUUGGGAGCCACGAGUGAGUUUAGUCUACAGAAAACGAAUAAGGAAACAUAACACCGUAUCUGUACAAAGAGCCAGAAAAUUCCUGGAGGAGUCAAAACUUGUCUGUCUCUUCACAAUCAGUGCAACAAUGUAUCUUCAGUGGCACAGCAAACUGAUCAAGAAUCAAUCUGAAAACAGCAGACGAUAUUCCCAGCAGGUCUGCUCAGCUUUAGGUUCCAGUCGUGUCCCAAGAAAUUAAUUGCAUUUGCCUGGGAUGUAACCAAAUGGAGGAUUAACUCUUGUAAAGUAUGGUAUCUACCCUCAGGUACAGUUGAGUUAAAUGAUUAAAAGUGCAUAGUUUUUUUCGUAGGAGACUAUUAAAUAUAAAUGUAAGUAAUAUAUCUGACAGUCAUUAGAUCAUUUAUUCAAUAACACCAAACCAUUAUUCUAAUCAGGGUUGCCAGGUUCUGUUUUGGUUAUUUUUCUAAUACCAAAUUGGUGUCCCUUUUUAAAAUGCAGAUUGAAAUCAAGUCUGUAGGUGGGCAGUUUAAAACACAGACAAAAAAAUAGAAUUGAUCAAAUAAUGGAAAAAUAAAAGGAAAAAUAUGAUAUAAUUAAUGAUAAUGCUAUAAUGAAUGCCUAUGAUUACAUUGCAGUAAUACACACUUUAAUGCAAAAACAAUUCGGAGGUGUAUUGCAGAUUCUGCUGGUCAGAAAAGUGUGCGCACACUGAAGAUUAAUGCAUUUCCCUUUUUCAGUACAUGAGCUUUGGGAGCUAGUUUUAGCACCUUGUGUAGUUUUUGAAAUAUAGUUGGGCUGGAAAUUUCACUGAGAUCUGGCAACCCUGAUAGAGUAUCACAAACUUUUAAACAAAAGUACCUGAUUGUCAGAGGUAUUCUGCAUAGUGGUUAAUUUCUACAUCAAUGUUUGAAGUUUUAUAGAAUCUUUGAAACCGACUGUCCACAUGUUGUGGGGAAUAUUUAGCAUUUAAAAAAUUUAGCACAGAAGAAGAAAGAAUGCGACUCUAACAUACCUGUAGCUCAUAAUAGAUAGUAGAUAAAAGACAACAAUUUCUGUGCAAUAAAUAUAAGUAUAAAGUUUAUGUACUCUUAGUAGUUAUUGAUUUUUAGUAGUACAUUAAUGUUAAUACUUUUAAAUAGGGACAAUGCAGACCUUUCAACUUAAUUAUACCCUAUGAUCUUUUAAACGGUCAUAUUUAGUUGUUUUGAAUGUCUUUUGUGUGGAAUUUAGACCUAAAUAUUAAUGAACUAAUUGAAGUAUUUGAUGCAUGGUAGCAAACAUAAACUCAUUUUUUUACUUUUAAAAUUUUCUGAAUGAAAUGUGUUGGACAUAGAAUUGUUUUACUGCAUAUACAUAGCUUACAAACUUCCCUCAGUCUAUGCUCACUUUUAUCUACUUAUUACAAUCUAUAAGCUAAUCUUUUUGAAUAGAAAUUCCUUAAUGGUGUGAAAAAUACACUACACCAGGGCUGAUCCAGAAUGUUGCCCUUUGCACUUAAAAAUCUGAUUGUACAGUUAUUUGUUUAAAAUGCACUUUGGGCUGGGAUCUGUUUUUUGAUGUUGUUGUUGUUGUUGUUGUUGUUUUUAUCAGCUUUUCAUGGUUUUCCACUAUAACAAAGUUAUAGCAACGGAUUUUUUUUCUUUCUAAACCUUGUACAUUGAUCUUCAGUAUAGUUGUGGGUUUGUUUUAAUGCUUGUGCUUUGAUUUCCUAGCCUAAUGGUUUAAUUAUUGAUCUUUAAUAUAGACAUAAUUGUAUUUGAAAUACUAUGCAAUGAAAUGAUUCAAUUAAAAAAAAUCUAUUUUUUAAAGUGACAGUUGUCAUCAAUGAUCUCUUAAGAAAUGGCUCUUUAGUUGCGAUGUACACGUAAGGUAAUGUUUUAGACCAGAGGCCCACAAACAUUUUAAAACCAGGGGACAUUGUACAAUAAAUCACAGACCCCCUCAGUAUAUAUUUUUUUCCAGAACAUUGU